CCGGCACAGCCGCCGCUCCCACCGGCCACCCCCAUGGAUAAGGCGGGUUCGCUCCACACCUCGGUGCCCACGCCGCCGCCCCGGCUCUACCUGCCGCGCAACUUCAGCUGCAGCGCUUGCCUCUAUGGCAGCCUGGCCGAGCAGUGCAAGGGGGGCUGCAGCCCCGACGGCGACUCAGCGCCCCCGCCCCUGGUGCGGGAAGCGGCGGGCGAGGAGAAGCCGUCGCCGCCUCCCCCAUCUCGCGGGCGGGAGCCCACGCUGCCCCCCGUGCCCCCCAGCCCCACGCAGCGCCGCCGCGCCAAAUCUCUGCCCACGCCCGGCGACCGCAGCCUGCGCCCGGCCCUGCAGCAGAGCCCCUCUCGCCGCAAGACGGUGCGGUUCGCCGACUCCCUCGGCCUGGAGCUCACCUCCGUCCGCCACUUCUGCGAGGCCGACCUGCCGCAGGUGCCGCUGCCCGCACCGCCAACGCCACGCACCGCCGACCUCUUCAAGACCAGGAAGCCGCCGGCGCUCGGUGAUCUGGAGCCGGUGCUCUUCGGGCCGCCGCCUCCGCUGCUGCUGGAGCCGCUUUUCCCGCCGCAGCCCGGAGCCAGCCCCGGCUUCACGGAGCGGGUGCGGCAGCACAAGGUGAGGCUGGAGUGGGUGCGGGCCGAGCCGGCGGGGCUGCGCGGAGCCGUGCGUGUCCUCAACCUGGCCUACGAGAAGGCCGUGUCGGUGCGCUACACGCUCAACCGCUGGGCCAGCUGUGCCGAGGUGCCCGCCGCCUACCAGCCGAGCGGCCCGGCGGACGGCCUGACCGACCGCUUCGCCUUCCUCCUGCCGCUGGGCACUGCCGCGGCGGCCGCCGAGCCCACGCUGGAGUUCGCUGUCCGCUACCGCGUCGCCGGUUCCGAGUACUGGGACAACAACGAGGGCGCGAACUACCGGUUGCGGGGCCGGCACCGCGUCCCGCCUGCCGCCGGACCCCUGCAGGACCCCGAUAGCACCGCCUGGAUCCACUUCAUCUGAGGCGCGGGGGGCGGCCGCCUGCUCAGGGAGCUGCUGCCUCAGGGAGCGCGGAGCCCCUGACAGGAGCGCUCGGCACCGCUCCGGCCCCCCCCGAGGGUCCGCGGCCCAACGCAGGCCGCGCUUCCAGCCGCUUCUCUGUAAGUCGCCGGAAAGUAUUUUCCCGAAUUCUGUUUACAGAUGGAUAAUUUAUAUAUUUUAAUUUCACGAGCCAGGGGAAACCUUCCAGGGGUGUCGGCAGGGAGACUGGGUGCACCGUGUGCGGCCCAGGCCCCGUUUCCCCCUCACUCUCACUGUGGCCACCGCCAAAGCAGCCGCCAGCCGGGCUCUGGCACGGGGCUGCAGAGGAUCUGCAGAAUUCAGCGGUCAGGACCAGGAUCCACAGGUGGAGGAGGUCAGGAUCAUCCGCUGUCACCUCAGGGUGAGAGGGGCAGGCUCAGAAAAGAGCCAGCAGGGUCAUAGGGCAUCCCUCCAGCCAAGCCAGCCAUCCUGUUUGCCUAAUCCUGCUUAAACAAAGCCUGCGAGGUGCUUGGUCCCUGGUGACCCACUCGUGUUGAUUGCCCUGCGGGGUUAAGAGCUUGAUGUGGCAGGGUUAAGGGGUAGGUUGUGAUUUUGAGCCCCAAAAGAUAGGAGUAGGGAUGCCCCCCAUGCGUAGCUGUGUUCCGUCAUGCUGUAGAAGUGAUUGACUGGUUUAAAGCUAAGGAUGUAUUUAUUUAUUUCCAAAAUUUUGAACUCUGGUGGAUGUGUUUAGCAUAUUUAGAAAAGAAGAGUGAGUAAGUCGCAUACUAAUUGAAAUGCAGCCCGCUGAGAGGGUUUUUUAUAAAGCAAGUGUUUUGUUUUAAAGUUCACGUGGUACGUUGUUGUAAAGGCUUGUCCGGAUCUGAUGUUUGUUUCAGUAGGAUUGGUCCCAUAAAGCUCCUUGUGUUCAGGUCGGCAGGAAUGUCAUGGAACUCCACCAAAGGAACUAGAGAUGGCAAGAGUUGAAUCCAUAACUUUAGAGAGCAUCCCAAGCAACACUUUCACUUUUAUUCAUGUUAACGGUUCAGUUGAAUUUCUGAUCCUAAUGUGUCAGGCCGAGAGCCCGCUUUCUGAAACAGCAAAAUGCUUUGAAUUUUUCAUCAUUAAUGAAUAUUUCAGUAAUUUCAGUAAUUACUGCAACAAAGCUGGUUAAAUUCAGUCAGACAAACUGAAGAAAGUCUUUUCUUGACAUAUAGAAAUAUAUAUUAGUAAAAAUUAGAGCAUGCUGACUUCUGCCUUCGAAGGUAUGUUUUAAAUUAGAUUAGCAGUAAAUAUUUUCCUUUUUAAUCUUGCUUUUCCAGGAGUUCAGCUGAACACACGUUGUGCUGGUGCCAAAUCUGGGUGCUAAUUUUCCAGGGUUUAGGUGUGUAUGUGUUUGCAGGGGAGGGACCUCUACAGAUAUGACUUCUGUGAGUGCUAAAACCGUCAGCGCGAUCCUCUGAGUGUGAAGGGCUUUAAAGUCAGGCCUGUAACAUUUUGGAUCCUCUGUAAGCAAUUUAGGAAUUAAAUGUGACUUCUAACUGGGUUUUUCUGUUCCUCGAAAGGGUUAACUGUCCCAAACAUCUGGAGUAAUGUCAAGUUCUCAUAAAACCUUUUUACUCUGGAUGGGAAUUGAGAGCACUUUUGUCUCCUGAGGGUCUGGUUCCAUCAGAAUAAUUAUGAAAUUUUUAAAUUU